AUGCCGAUCACUGUGGGUCCACCGCAGAGGCCAGGCGGCGGGGCGGUGCUGGCGAGCGACGGCGCGCUGUCUUCGAACAUCGUGACGGUUGGAGAGACGAUCGACGCAGGCUCUCAGGAUGGGCUCAUGCCUGGGAAGGGCACCAUGCGCGCCGACGACGGGGCCCUCGUGCCCACUUUGUGCGGCGUGCUAGAGCGCGUGAACAAGCUGGUGACGGUGCGGCCGCUCCGGAGCAGGUACACGGCGCAGAGCGGGGACGUCGUCGUGGGGAGGGUGGUCGAGGUGUCGGGGAAACGCUGGAAGGUCGACAUACGCUCGACGCAAGAAGCCGUGCUCCAGCUCUCAAGCGUCCACAUCCCAGGGGACGCGCAGCGGCGGCACACGAUCGAGGACGAGCUAGCGAUGCGCACGAUCCUCCGCGAGGGUGAUUUGGUGAGCGCGGAGGUGCAGUCCGCGUUCCGGGACGGCACGAUCGCGCUGCAGACGCGGUCGAAGAAGUUCGGCCUCCUCGUCGGCGGCCAGCUCGUCCACAUCCCCCCCGCGCUCGCGAAGCCCCAGAAAACACACAUCACCUCCAUCGGCGCGCCGGCCUCCGUGGACGUCGUGCAGGGCCUCAACGGCACCAUCUUCGUCGCGCCGCACCGGCCCCAGGACGACGACGACGAGGAGGAGGACAUGGCGUUUCGCCGGCCAGCGCCUGCGGCGACGGCGGAGGAGCACGAGCGCGUGGCGCGGACGUGCGCGGCGGUGGCGGCGCUGGCGCUCGCGGGCGUGAUGGUCCACCCCGCGCCGAUCCUGGCGGCGUACAGCGCGAGCGUGGACCAGGGCGUCGCGGUGCCUGACAUGACGCAACCCCCCUUCGUUCACAUGGUCGCGUUGAUGGCCCGGGACGCGUGA